AUGGACGCCAUUGAUUCAGUGUUCAAACGUCUCAAAGGGUUCUCCAAGGACAGCGUAAGGCUCGUCAAGUGUUGCCAUAAACCCGAUGGCAAAGAAUAUUACAAGGUUGCUAUUAGUACUGCAAUCAGAAUUACGAUUAUGGGAUUCAUUGGCUUUUUCGUCAAGCUCAUCUUCAUUCCCAUUAACAACAUCAUCGUCGGAUCUGGUUAGGUAUAUGAUUUCUAAUUGUUUAUUUUUCAAAAAUUUAUGAAAUUUUUAAAAAAUUGUUGUGUUUAU